AUGCAUCCAGAUUCCUGGUUCAGACGCCCUAAAAAAGCACCAUUUCUCACAGCACCCCUAUUUGAGAACACUCCCCUUAGUAUCAAGUCUAGUAUCGGAAUUCUUGGUGUCAGUAUUUCUGAUGACAUUCAGUUCCGCUAUCAUUUGGAAGGCAAAGCUACACUAGCUUCCAAAAAAUUGGGUGUCCUAAAUAGAGCGAAGCAGUAUUUCAGGCCUGAACAUCUAUUACUACUUUACAAAGCGCAAAUACGACCUGAUAUGGAAUACUGCUCCCAUCUCUGGGCCGGGGCACCACAAUAUCAGCUCCUGCCACUUGAUAGCGUGCAACGAAGAGCCGUCAGAGUUAUUGGCAAACAAGCACUUACCGAUCGGCUUGAUCCUCUGGGUUUACGACGAGACGUUGCAUCGUUAUGCGAUUUCUAUCGUCUGUAUAAUGGGGAGUGCUCUGAGGAGUUGUUUGAGCUGAUACCUGCCGCGGAAUUCCACUACCGUACCGCACGGCAUAAGACCAAGUUUCACGCUCAUCAUUUGGACCUCUGGCGCUCUAGUACGGUGCGAUUUACCCGCCACUUCAUUCCGCGCACAACCAAAAUGUGGAACAGCCUGCCUUCGGCGAUAUUCCCGGACGCCUAUGACAUCGAGGCAUUUAAAAAGAGAAUAUACCUCCACCUCAAAAAGUCGGCAACACAUCUUCGGACACAUCUGUAG